AUGAGUUCAGAAGUGCGUCGUGAAAGACGGAAGAUUGAUAAGGAAAUGCGCACAACGAUUCUAUUUCUUGCAAAAGCCGGAAUGAAUAACGCGUCGAUUGCAAGACAAAUGAAACUACCGUAUCAAACAGUGUCGAGGAUCGCCUCAACAGAAUCAAGCCAAAACCACGCAAGAGAGAUGCUUGUCAACGCAACAGACUGA